ACUGUCAAUAAAAAGCGCAAAUUUAAGAUUUAAAGUUUAUUUAACAAUUAAGCAAUAAAUCGAAGCUUUAUUUAAUUUAAUAAUAAUAAUAUUAAAUAUAAUGCAAUAAGUUCAUAUUUUUCAGUCAUGGAAGAAGAAAAACUUAUAAGGAAGAAGAAAAAAGCAUUAAAUGGUAGCAAUAGACGUACUUUAGCUGAAGCUUACAAUGAUUUAGCAACUUAUUAUUACAAACAAACUCGCUAUAGUGACGCUUUAGAAGAAUAUAAAAAUGAGGCUGCUGUUUGUAAAGAUCUCGGGCUUCGUAUGGAGUGGGGCACUUGUAAUAGAAUGAUAGGAGAGAUGUAUAUGCUUAUGGCUGAGUUUGAUAAAGCACUCAAGUAUGAAGAACGCCAUUUAGCUGUAGCAAAAGAAUUAAAUAAUUUGGUUGAGGAACAAAGAGCAAUGGCUACACUUGGCAGGAUUUAUUUGCUGCGCGGGCAAAGCUCUUCAGAUGAUGGGGAAGCUAAACAAUCCUUGACUGCGGCAGAGAAAGCGUUCAUGAAGAGCUUAGUGCUCUGUGAAAAGUUAAAUGGCAAAAUAAACAAAACAGAACUAAUGGAUAUGCGAGCCCGUUUACUACUUAACAUUGGAGUUGUGCAAGAGCACUUAGGACAUCUAGACAAAGCAAUAGACUGCAUACAUAAAGCUAUAACAAUUUGUUCCAAUCAGGAUCUUUAUGAAGUUCUACACAACUGUUAUACUACAGAAGCUUUAUUGCAUAGUAAUAAAAGAAAAGAUUAUGCCAAAGCUUUACACUGUUUGAAUAAGGCUUUGGAAGUUGCAAGUAGACUCGAGGACAAGAUACUAAAAUCAUGUGAAACUUUGUCUGCUAAGGGAGAUAUUUUGUGUAAAAUGUCGGAUUACCAAAGUGCAAAGCAAGUUCUCCUUAAAGCCUGGAAAUUAAAAACACCUGAUGAAGAAGAGAAGGAAAACAUUGAAUCUAAUCUUAAAGUUGUCGCCGCAAUAUGUUACACUGAGGACUUAUUAAUAUCCACGGAUCCAUCAGACCACAAAACAUUUAAGAUGCUCUAUGAGAAACUCGGAGACGGUGCUUGCCACUUGCGAAACUAUUCCGGAGCUGUCGAGUACUAUUUGAAGAUGUUGGAUCAUGCUGAAAUGGCUGGAGAUUGUGGGAAGACGUUGAUUCCUAUUUACGUCAGUUUGUAUCAAACAUACAAAGACAUGGGGAACUACAAUGAUGCGUUACAAUAUUACUACAAAGAAUAUGAACUUAUAAAAGAUAUUCCAAAGGAAGCCUACACAACACUAUACAAUAUCGCCGAAGUGUCGUUCCUCGCUAAAAGACCCUAUGAUCAGAUCGAGAAUGCUUGUAAUGAUGCUAAAAAUGCCGCGAGAGAUUGGAACAAGAAGAAAUAUGAGAUCAGAAUCCUAAAGAAUCUCUUGAAAUAUCAAGAUGAAUACAGCGAGACGGACAAGAUGGAGGAAACGAAAUCUGAGUUAAGGGCGUUAGGAUACGAAGAUUUAGAUAAUCUGGACCAGUCGGAAGAUGAACAGAGUUCUGUUGGCGGAGGGGACGAAGACACACACAUCGGAGAUGAUAUAUGCCUUGAAGAUUUGACAGAUUUGUCUGAUACCAAUGAGGAGGAUUUGAAGGAAACUAAACACGAAACUCGCAGACGAGGCAAAGGAUUCGCAAUCAAGAAGAAUAUGAAAGGGGAGACACAGUUGCAUGUUGCAUGCAUAUCCGGCAAUAAACUGCUGGUGGAGCGUCUGCUGGCCAAGGGUCACCCGGUGAACGUGCGCGACAACGCGGGCUGGCUGCCGCUGCACGAGGCCGCCAUACACGGGCGCCGAGACGUGGCGCUCGCGCUGCUGCAGCGCGGGGCCAGCGUCAACGACAGGGGCGGCGUCAACUGCGACGGUAUAACACCGCUUUACGACGCCGCUAGUAACGGUCAUUUAGAAGUCGUACAGCUAUUACUGGACUACGGAGCCAUACCGACCCUUAAAACAGACUUCGGUGAAACACCACUUCAGGUACUACAAAAAUGGCGAGCAGGAACGAUCCUAACAAAAGAUGAAGAAAUAUUGUAUAAUAAUAUAUGCAAUAAAAUAAAUAAUCUUAUAGACAAAACUAAUCCUUCAGAGAUAAUAAUGAAUAGAUCGAAAUCAAAAACCCCCGUUAAGGCCAUACAAGAUAAUUCUCCUCCAAGCACUUCUAAAAUGACUAGUAGAAUAAAAGAACUAUAUUCGCCAGCAUUUAAAAGACGUAAUAUUAUUGACGACGAAAGUGAUGACGAAAUAAACUUAUCACAAAACGUAAGAAACCAAACGGCCUUUCCAUCGGAUUCCAACUCCUCCGACGAAGAAGAAAACUCAAAGAAAGCAAACAGUAAAACAUCAGGAGUCCAAGAAUACAGAAGUGCGAUAUCCGCAUUGAGAAAUAGAAACGCAGAUUUGCCUGAAGUCGAUGUUAAAAAGUCCAAAAAUAAACCAGCUUUAUUAAAUCCAGACGAGGUCGGUGACGAUUGGUUAGAUGAUGACAUUGGAAUAAUGAACAAGACGAAGAAACGAAAACUUAGUGAUCCAUUAACUAUAAUAGCCAAAAAAACAUCAAUAGAUAGUAUAAAAGAUAGCAUAGACAAUAUUAACAAAAUCAGUCCCUUAACAGAUAACAAUUGUCAUUCAACAAAGAAAUCGCGUAUAAGUGAAAUUAUAGAUCACAGUGAGAACAGUUCAGACUCCGACCAAUUUCAAAUAAAUGAAAAUAUUUGUCCAAUGAAAUCGAUUGAAUCAAUGAGAAUUGUAACUCGAGAAUUCGACGAUUCAAAGUUAAACGAUACGAGAGGCAAUAUGAGACGACGAUGGAAGAGACAGAGUACAUUAUUAAAAGCAGGUUUUCAAAGAAAGAAAUCUGAUAUUGACCAAUCAAGUAAUAGCGGCAGCGAUACAGAAUAUUCUGCUAAAAAAACAAAACAAAGAAUCCAAACGGGAACGUUUUCUAGACAUUCGUCGAAUGAGAACUUCAAUUACUCGAAUUCCAAUGAUGGUUUCAGUAUCAUGCAAAAUAUUAAUCCUAAUAUAGUGCAACCAUUGAAUGUGAUACAGCCAAUAAGUAUAAUGCAGUCUAAAAACGGUAGAGCGAUGCAAACCCAAAUUUUGCCUCCAGCCGCUGUUAAAGUUAAAGUUGAGGACAAAGUUCUUCUGAUAUCAUUGAAGUUAGAUAUGAUAAACAAAUUAACAAUCAGCUGGCUGGUUGAAGAAGUUAAAUCGCGAUAUUAUAAAAUAACAGGGGUCCGUCCGGUGUUUAGUUUGAUGACGUCUGACGGGGCGAUUCUCUCAGAGGAAGACCCACUAAGCCUUGUUCUUGCAUCUCCUGAAUUAAAUACUUGUAUCACGACUUUCAAAGCUUCACCCGCUGAAGAGAGAUACCUUGAGUGUUGUGAUGCUUUGGAUAUACCGCCAUCAGAAGAAAUUCAGCAAGCCGUCGGAAGGAGUCAUACCACCCGAAGACUUGCAUUAGGAUCCGACACACUCUCCCCAUCACAAAUUCGUCCCUUAUUCAGAGCCCUUACACACCAAACUCACAUCACUGCCAUUAUGUUACCUAACAACAACAUAGGAGAUGAAGGCAUGAAAUAUUUAACAGAAAGUAUGUGCACAAUGAAGCAUUUGACAAUAUUAGAUAUUAGUAGAAAUAACAUAAGUGGCGAUGGUAUUAAAAUAUUACUAAACGCAUACGAAAAAGCAACAAGACCAGUUUGUCAAACAUUAGAAGAUAUAGAUUUGAGUGGGAACUCUAUUAGUGAUGAUGGAUUUAAAGCAAUAUUGAAAUUGAGCCAGUAUUUAAAAUUGAAAAUAUUGAAGUUAAAUAGCUGCAAUAUAACUCACAAUUCUGUGUCUGAAUCAAAUAAGUUGCAAGUGAACUUUGAUUUCGUGGAGGUUCUAGAUAUUAGUAAUAACCCAGUAAGACACGCUAUGGUUAAUUGUUUGUUGUCAGCGUUAAAUCCAAAUGUUUUGACGGAUUUAGAGUUGGACAAUGUGGGAGUUGAAGGUAACGUGGCUGGGUGUAUAGCUAGCUUUAUGGAUACCGCGAAGGAUUUGAAAAUAAGAAGAUUUAGCCUUUCAAAUUGUAAAUUAGUCGAUGGACAAUUUAUGCGAAUUUUCAGAUGUCUCAGUCGGGCCAAGAAUUUACAAUCAAUAACAUUGAAAGAAAAUCAUUUAACAUUUAUCGCAUUGAAAAAAUUACUUCAACGCCAGCCACCAGUGCCGGUAAUAAAUCUUGAGGGCUGCCAUGACAUAUUCAAAUAUUCCCCGGAUUCCGAUUUCAAAGUUUGGCUACCUGCGAUCGACUUCGGAAGAUGUGUUCCAGAAAUAAAUGUUACUCCAAUAUCAAAAACUGACGAAGAGAGGGAGAGCUUUAAAUUGUUUUCUAAAACUUGGUUAAAUUGUUUUAAAGGUAGAGGUAUGAUUGAACAUGGCGAGGGAGGUGUUACAAAGUUUACAGCAAGGUAGUUUUGAAACCAGGAUUGACUGGCUGACUGAUAUCAAUCUGUUAAAUCUAAAUGUUGACUGUCAGCUACUUAAAUGUGUACUAUUUGUAAUAAAUAUUAUAGAUAUAAUAUAUCUUAAAAUGUAUCGUGAUGUUGAUAUGUUAGUGUCAAAUAAGUUUCAAGUUAUCUAAAUGCAAGUUACCCAACUUAAUUAAAUUAAUUUAAUAAUCAUUUUGUAAACUUACACCAUAGACAAAGUAGUAACGGAAAAAUACUUCAUUUCUUAAUAUUACUUCUUAAUAAUAAUAAAUUGACGCGGUGACUACUUAGCGUUAUCUAUCUAUGCUUUUAAUUGCUGACUGGAAAUAUUCUUUUUUUUCAACUGAGCCCAUACAUUAAGUUAAAGCUUUAUUCAUAAAAUCAUUAUAUGAGAGGGAUUUAUGAAAAUCGAUGGCUCUACUCUUUGCCUCAGUAACUAUAAAAUAAUGUUUCCGUAAUAAUUUAAAAAUGUUGUAAUGAUU